GAGGAGGUGGAGUUUUAUCGCCUUCACAUAUCGCACCAAAUUACGAGCAGCACAAUACUCGCACAACAGCAGCAACACACGACUACAACACCAUUCCUAGCACACCACACAACACGCUACACACCACACCUACGUACCACACAACACGCAACAGUAGCAACAAAGACCAAGCACACAAUAGCACCAGCGCACCACAUGCACAGGAAAGCGCACUGCACACACACAAACCGCAACGAGCGCACCACAAACACGAGCACCACACAACAGAGACGCAGCACCACAAACAAUCACGCUACCACACAUCAGCGCUUAACCAAACCAAAAUUAGGAUUGUGAAACCCUAAUUUCGAGUAAACUAAAUCAGAAUUUGUGGGAGAAAAUUAAAAAAAAUAAAAAAUAAAAUUGAAGCCUUAAUCUCCUAAAUUGCGGAAAAGAAACAAAUUAAUGUGAUGAACAAACCAAAAUAAAAAAAAAAAAAUCUUUAGAAAUUAGAGAGGCUGUAGUAUCAUGUUAAACUCAAGGAAAUACAAGAGAAAACGACUUAGCCUUGCAUUGAUAAUUACAACAAAUAUAUAUAUAGACGAUACAAAAAACCUAACUUGCCUAAAACUCCUAACAAGAUAAAGUUGAGAAAUAUACAAUAUUAACAUAUAUAAACCAACCGACUUCUAAUGGUUUUUGCCUUGAGUUGUCCCCUUUUAAUACAAAAACCAAGGAUGACCCAAAAAAAUUAAAAUUAAAAUUAAAAUUAAAUUAAUCGGAGAAUUGCUGCAGUUUUUGAUUUUUUCCACACGAGAGUUAGAGCGAGCUCCAGCCUCAAGCCUGCAGCAGCUAGCCAUUGACAAACUCGAGUCCAGCUUUUGGUUUUCAUCAAAUGGGUGCAUCUGAAUCUACGAUUUCAUCCUCCAUUAAAUCGGAGGAUCAGAUAACUACAGUAUCCGAACGAAUUGAAGAUGCGGACCCAAUUUUGGAUAGACUAAAAUCGCUAAAAAUCGCAACGCCAAUUCUGACAGCCCCUCCAGCAGAGAGUAGUUUGACUGAUCUUCUAGUGCGGAAGUCCUUAUCCUCCUCAAAACAUGGUACUUUAAACCCAAAGGUGAUCCUGGAUCUUUUCUCUAUGUAUCGUGACUGGCAGGAGGACAAGGCUUAUAAGAUCUCCUGUAGACAGGAUGAAAUUGAAAACAAGAUAGAGGUUGUAGAUGCAUUGGCAGUUAAACUUCUGCAGCGAUUUAAUGGCUCUGUAUCAACCAUGAAGACUGCAUCACAACAUUUAUCAGAAGUUCAUGCAUUGCAAGUGGAGCUUGGGGAGCUUAAAGGGCGGUUGACUGAGGUUAUUAGUAACUGUGAUACAUUAUGCCGAAGAAUUGCUUCAGAUGGUCCUGAGUCACUUCGGUCAUCUGUUAUGCCCUUUUCUGCAUCCAAUGCUGAUGUAAAUAUCAAAUCCAAUUUGUGUCCAGGAGUUAGAGAUACAAGCCAGCCUUCGAACAAAGCGGGUGAAGAUUAAUUUUGCAAUUUAAGUUAUCCAAUCUAUGUUUGCUUUGUAGCCCAAAGGUGAUAAUUGUGCAUGUAUAGAAUUUAAUAUUUGUGUAAAUUUAAGAAAUUUGCUGCUAAGAGUUGGUAGAGCAACAUAACAUCAUAUAUGCAGGAUAUAUAAGGGCAUUCAUAUAGAGAUAACUCUUUAAUCUUGCAAAGUAGUUUGGCAAAAUCAGUCAGCUUAGAAUGAAUCUUCUUAGCUAAUGAUCAUGCUCUACACAUUACACAAAAACAUGUAUAUAUUCACAUAGUAAGCAACAUGUAAACAAGCAUCAUGUUCAAAUACAAGAAAAGAGAAUGUUGAUACAA